CACAGAUUAUCACCACCAUGGCAGCAGACAUCGAGACGGCCGAGAAACAAGACCUUCAUGCAGCUACGGCUGAUCAAGACGACGACCUGGCCGGUAACCUCAAACAGUCCCACGAGAUCCGACACAAUGGCACGCUUGAUCGCAAGCUCAAGUCUCGUCAUGUUCAGUUCCUUGCACUCUCAGGUGCCAUCGGCACGGGUCUAUUUGUUGGCAGCGGGCAAAUGAUCUCCCUCGCCGGGCCGUUAUCGACAGUCCUGGCUUACGCCAUCACCGGCUUCAAUCUGUACUGCGUCAUCAACAGCCUUGGUGAGAUGGCAACCUACUUACCCCUGCCGGGAGCCGUCCCCGUGUACGCAACCCGCUAUGUAGACGAGGCACUCGGUUUCGCCCUCGGAUGGAAUUACUGGUACCAACUAGCCAUCGGGGUCCCCAUCGAGGUAACGGUCGCCUGCGUCAUCGUCGACUUCUGGUCCACGGACGUGAUGCCACGCUCGGCUCUCAUCUCCCUCUUUCUAUGGCCCAUGGUUCUCGUCAACUGCCUGCCCGUGCGCGUGUACGGCGAAGCCGAAUUUGUCUUUGGGGCAAUCAAGCUCACCACCAUCAUCGGGUUGAUACUUCUCAUGUUCAUAAUCACCCUUGGCGGCUCUCCGAGCGGCGAUCGAAUUGGAUUUCGGUACUGGGUGAGUCCCGGGCCGAUGAAUGAGUACCUCGUCUCGGGCCCGACUGGACGCUUCCUCGCAUUCUGGAAGGUCUUCACACAAGCCACCUUUGCGUAUGGGGGCUCCGAGAUGGUCGUCAUCGCCUCGGGAGAGACCGAGAACCCGCGGCGCAACAUCCCGCGCGCAGUGCGCCGCGUCUUCUGGCGCAUCACAAUCUUCUACGUGCUCGCCAUCUUCCUCGUCACUCUGUGCGUCUCCUCCGCCGACCCAGGCCUGCUCAACGCGAUCACCACAUCAGCCCCCGGGGCCGCAGCAUCUCCUUUCGUCAUCGCCAUCAAGAACGCCGGCAUCUCCACGCUGCCGUCCAUCAUCAACGCCGUGGUCCUGUCGUCGGCCUGGUCCGCGGGCAACUCAUUCUUCUACGCGUCCACGCGCGUGCUCUACUCGGCCGCGCUGGACGGCAAGACGCCGCGCGUGCUGCGCUACGAAAAGUUCGGCGUUCCCCUGGCCUGCGUCGGCGCGACCUCCCUGCUGGGCCUGCUCGCGUACAUGAACGUCAGCAACUCCGGGCAGGACGUCUUCUUCUGGUUCUCCAACGUGUCUGCCGUGUCGACGCUGAUCGUCUGGGCCGCGACGUGCAUCGUGUAUCUGCGCUUCCACGCGGGCCUGCGGUACAACGGCAUCUCGAGGGACGCGGAUAUCCCCUGGAAGUCGCCGCUGCAGCCGUACCUGGCGUGGUUCGCGAUUUGCUUCUGCUUGCUGGUGGCCCUGACCAACGGGUUCGAUGCGUUCUUCCCGGGUAAGUUCAGCGCCAAGACGUUUGUCCCGCCGUACGUGAACAUCCCGAUAUUCGCGGCGCUGUUCCUGGGCUACAAGUUUACCAAGGGGACGAGGUUUGUCAAGGCCAGCGAGAUGGAUCUGUGGAGUGGCAAGGCAGAGGUUGACGCGCUGGAAGGGACGUGGCCGGAGGUUAAGCCGAGGAACUUUCUUGAGAGAGUCUGGUUCUGGAUUGCGUAACUUGGACUUUCAAGUUCUCGGGACUCGGCCACAGUUACUCCAUGUUCUCGAAACUCGGUCGCGUUCACUCGACAGGCAGUUGCAUCAAGAAUGCUCGCAUGGUACACCCACAAGCUGGUAUUGAGCCACGGAAGGCCAGGCUGCUAGC